AUUCGCUACCUUGUCCGAAAAUCUCAACUCAAAAAGGAUUCCAAAAGGUUAAAAAAGAAAUCUCCGCCGGUUUCUUCUCUCGCCGGCGUUUUGACAGUCGUCGUCACUGUUACCGUCUCAAAAGCUUACUAUUUCAGUUUAAAAAAAAAACCAUCAACCAGCUGAGAGAUCUUUGAAUCUCCUUCUUCUUUCAUCCCCGAUUUUAUUAUUAUAUAAAAAUUUCCGAGAGAUCUCCAGAAUUAAAAAAUUGAGGGUUAUCGUUGCCAUCAUAACGUGUAUUAGUAAAGCAGUAGUAGUGCUGAUGUAUUUGCUCACGACUAAGUCCCUUCCUCGUCUCUUCUUCUUCUUCUUCUUCUUCUCCUUAACUAGUUUGGCAACACGAUCACAUUGAUUCCUUCAUAAUCCGAUUUGUUAAAUUAAAGAAAUUGUUUUCUUCUCUCUGUCUAACAUACCUAUCGGUUGAAGAAGAUCUGAAGCUUAACCUUUGCUCUGUUACAGACUCUCAGGGAUCUGCCGGCUACAAAGUCCGGUGGAUUUUGCUAUUAUUAGACAAUGGCGUCUAAUAAUCAUUAUACAAACAGUAGAUCCAAUCUAUCAACAAACUCUGAUGCUGCUGAAGCUGGGAGGCACCAGCAGCCUGUGUCAAACACUGUCACAUUUGCCCGCAGGACUGCCUCUGGGCGCUAUGUCAACUACUCCAGAGAUGAUCUCGAUAGCGAACUUGGAAGUGUUGAUCUCACUAGCUAUACGGUUCAUAUUCCGCCAACUCCUGAUAACCAGCCUAUGGAUCCAUCCAUCUCUCAGAAGGUUGAGGAGCAGUAUGUGUCGAAUUCGUUGUUCACUGGCGGUUUUAACAGCGUGACUCGGGCUCAUCUUAUGGACAAAGUGAUCGACACGGAAACUAGCCAUCCGCAGAUGGCGGGUGCUAAAGGAUCGUCUUGUGCGGUUCCUGGUUGUGAUGUGAAGGUGAUGAGUGACGAGAGAGGUCAAGAUCUUCUUCCUUGUGAGUGUGAUUUCAAAAUCUGUAGGGAUUGCUUUGUGGAUGCUGUGAAAACUGGCGGGAUGUGUCCCGGGUGUAAGGAGCCUUACAGGAACACGGAUUUGGCGGAUUUUGCUGAUAACAAGCAGCAGCAACGGCCUAUGCUUCCGCCACCAUCGGGUGGGCCCAAGAUGGACAGGAGAUUGUCAUUGAUGAAGUCGACUAAGUCUGGUUUGAUGAGGAGUCAAACUGGGGAUUUUGAUCACAAUAGAUGGUUGUUUGAGACUAGUGGGACUUACGGUUUCGGUAAUGCUUUCUGGACAAAAGACGGGAAUUUUGGGAGUGACAAGGAUGGGAAUGGCCACGGUAUGGGGCCGCAGGAUCUGAUGAGCCGACCGUGGAGACCGCUUACUCGGAAACUGCAGAUUCCUGCAGGUGUUAUCAGUCCUUACAGGCUUUUGAUUGUUAUCCGAAUUGUUGUUCUUGCGCUUUUCUUGAUGUGGAGGAUUAAGCACAAAAACCAAGAUGCAAUAUGGCUAUGGGGAAUGUCUGUGGUUUGUGAGCUAUGGUUCGCCUUAUCUUGGCUUCUUGAUCAGCUUCCAAAGCUGUGUCCGAUUAACCGAGCUACGGAUCUCAAUGUUCUUAAAGAAAAAUUCGAAACACCUACACCGAGCAACCCGACUGGGAAAUCUGAUCUCCCAGGACUCGAUAUGUUUGUAUCUACAGCAGAUCCAGAGAAAGAACCUCCUCUUGUCACUUCCAACACCAUUUUAUCGAUUCUUGCUGCUGACUACCCUGUCGAAAAGCUUGCUUGCUAUGUUUCAGAUGAUGGAGGAGCGCUUUUGACAUUUGAAGCCAUGGCUGAAGCAGCGAGUUUUGCAAACAUGUGGGUUCCUUUCUGCCGUAAACACAAUAUCGAGCCGAGGAAUCCGGAUUCAUACUUUAGUCUUAAAAGAGAUCCUUACAAGAACAAAGUGAAGGCUGAUUUCGUUAAGGAUCGGAGACGGGUGAAGCGUGAGUAUGAUGAGUUUAAGGUUAGGAUCAACAGCUUGCCUGACUCCAUCAGGCGCCGUUCUGAUGCUUACCACGCAAGGGAAGAGAUUAAGGCCAUGAAGCUGCAGAGACAGAACAGAGAUGAUGAGGUAGUAGAGCCAGUCAAGAUUCCUAAAGCUACAUGGAUGGCUGAUGGUACUCAUUGGCCUGGCACUUGGAUAAAUUCUAGUCCUGAUCAUUCCCGCAGUGACCAUGCUGGUAUCAUUCAGGUGAUGUUGAAGCCGCCGAGUGAUGAGCCAUUACAUGGAGUGUCUGAAGGGUUCUUAGAUCUUACAGAUGUUGACAUUCGUCUUCCGCUUCUUGUCUAUGUUUCGCGCGAGAAGCGACCGGGUUAUGAUCAUAACAAGAAAGCAGGAGCCAUGAAUGCGCUGGUCCGAGCUUCUGCAAUUAUGUCCAACGGUCCAUUCAUACUCAAUCUUGAUUGUGAUCAUUACAUAUACAACUCUCAAGCUUUAAGAGAAGGAAUGUGUUUCAUGAUGGAUCGAGGUGGUGACCGGCUUUGCUACGUUCAGUUUCCGCAACGGUUUGAAGGUAUUGACCCAUCAGAUCGUUAUGCGAAUCAUAACACAGUCUUCUUUGAUGUGAACAUGAGAGCUCUUGAUGGUUUAAUGGGUCCGGUAUAUGUCGGAACGGGUUGUCUCUUUAGAAGAAUCGCGUUGUACGGAUUCGAUCCGCCCCGGGCUAAAGAACACCAUCCCGGAUUCUGCAGUUGCUGCUUCUCUCGCAAGAAGAAGAAAAGCCGUGUCCCAGAAGAAAACCGAUCUUUGAGGAUGGGUGGUGACUCAGAUGAUGAUGAAGAGAUGAAUCUUUCUUUGGUUCCAAAGAAAUUCGGAAACUCCACUUUCCUUAUCGAUUCAAUUCCGGUUGCCGAGUUCCAAGGUCGUCCUCUUGCGGAUCACCCAGCUGUGCAAAACGGACGACCACCCGGAGCUCUCACCAUUCCUCGCGAGCUUCUCGAUGCAUCAACUGUGGCAGAAGCCAUAGCCGUCAUCUCUUGUUGGUACGAGGAUAAAACCGAGUGGGGAUCUCGGAUCGGUUGGAUUUAUGGAUCUGUCACGGAAGAUGUGGUCACAGGUUAUAGAAUGCAUAACCGAGGCUGGAAAUCGGUUUACUGUGUGACCAAAAGGGAUGCUUUCCGUGGCACAGCUCCAAUCAACUUGACGGAUAGGCUUCACCAGGUUCUCCGAUGGGCUACUGGCUCGGUAGAGAUCUUCUUCUCAAAAAACAAUGCCUUCUUUGCUAGCCCGAGAAUGAAAAUCCUCCAGAGAAUCGCUUACCUAAACGUCGGAAUCUACCCGUUCACAUCAUUCUUCCUCAUAGUGUACUGCUUCCUCCCCGCUCUCUCCCUAUUCUCAGGCCAAUUCAUAGUCCAAACACUCAAUGUCACAUUCCUUGUCUACCUCUUAAUCAUCUCCAUUACACUCUGUUUACUCGCUCUCCUCGAGAUCAAAUGGUCAGGAAUCUCACUCGAGGAAUGGUGGCGAAACGAGCAGUUCUGGCUCAUUGGAGGAACAAGCGCUCACUUAGCCGCGGUUAUCCAAGGGCUGCUCAAAGUUGUUGCCGGAAUCGAAAUCUCAUUCACAUUGACAUCUAAAUCCGGAGGAGAGGAUGUAGAUGACGAAUUUGCGGAUCUGUACAUUGUGAAAUGGACAUCCCUCAUGAUCCCACCAAUCACAAUCAUGAUGGUGAAUCUCAUCGCGAUCGCGGUCGGGUUUAGCAGGACGAUAUACAGUGUGAUUCCGCAGUGGAGUAAGUUGAUUGGAGGAGUGUUCUUCAGUUUCUGGGUACUGGCUCAUCUUUAUCCAUUCGCUAAAGGGCUUAUGGGAAGAAGAGGAAGGACUCCAACCAUUGUAUAUGUUUGGUCUGGACUUGUUGCCAUCACCAUUUCUCUGCUUUGGGUUGCCAUUAAUCCACCUGCUGGUUCCACUCAAAUCGGAGGAUCUUUCACUUUCCCAUGAUUCAUAGGUCUGGUUUCUCAAAAUUCUCUAUCUUUUGAUCCCCUACAAAGAUGGAGACAGAGAUUGGCCAAGAAACACAAAAGUAUAGUUGAGCCAAAGAUAGAGCAAGUCAAGAACUUCUCUCAUUGUCUUUUUUUUUUUUGUCUGUUGAAAAAGGACAUUUUUUUAUUUGUCUUUUUAAAUUUUUGUAAUCUGUUGAUGGAAUUAUUUAUGCUACUACUGUUAAUCGACAAUUACUUUCAAUUUAA